AGAAGUGGAUGUCUUAAGAAAAAUCUAGUUACUUGACCCCUUCGGUGAGGCGGGUAUUGUCAAAUUCUAUGAUUACUUUACUUGGUAGGACUAUCAUUGUAUUUUACUUGAAAGGGUAGCAUAUUCAACAAUUUAAACAGCUUGACAUUAAUCUCCAUGACUAUAUCCAAUCACAUUCAUUCAACAUUAAGGAAAUCCAAUCAAUCUUUAAAUAAGUUACUACCUCACUAAUGUUAAUGCAUUCCCUCGGAAUCACACACACCGAUCUAAAGCCUGAAAACAUUGUUUUUGCCAAUCAACAAAAGUACCCAGAUCAAUUAAAUGACUAAGACAUUUAGUUAAAUUAAUAGACAUGGGAGGUGCCACUUAAGCCAAUGAACAUCAUAGCACAGUCAUCAAUACUAGAUAAUACAGAGCACCUGAAGUCAUAAUGAGA